AUGGCCGGCUCAUCUCCUCUCCAUAUACUUACGCUUGCUCUCUUGGCACUCCCGCCGUUCUUCCUCGCCACAUAUUUCUUUGCUCAAUUUCCCAAUCCACCUGAGAUCCCAUAUGCUCAUCCCUCUCUGGCCAGUCUUCCAAAAGACCACAAAUCAUGGCAGAUAUACGACGAGGAUUUCUAUGCUAAUGGCUCAUAUGUCUUGCUCCCAUAUGGCAGAGUACGGUUCUGGAUACUAGGACCAGAGUCCGGACAAAAGGUUAUACUCAUAAAUGGCCUGUCCAUUCCCGCAAUCAUAUGGAAAGACGUAGCACCUGCUCUCGUCUCCAAUGGUUUCAACGUUCUCCUCUAUGAUUUGUACGGUCGUGGAUACUCUGAUGCGCCUUUAACAACAUACGAUGCCGCCCUGUACGCCACUCAACUCGCCCUACUCAUGCAGCACAUUCAGUGGGAUAAAGCCGCUAUAGCAGGUGUCUCAAUGGGUGGCGGCAUCGCCGCUGCAUUCAGUGCUUAUUUCCCUGACCUUGUCGAUGACAAGGUGGCCCUCGUCGCGUCUGCAGGUCUCGUCGAGGCAGAAGACAUGUCUCGCACCGCGAGGUUCAUGUCCUCCCCCCUUGUCCAGACGGUUACCUCGAGUAUACCGUUCCGAUACACAAUCCAACAAUUGACCCGCAAUGCCACUUUCGCUGAUCCCAUCAUCGAGCUCGUGAGCAUCCAGUCUGCUCACCUUCCUGGCUACAACGCGGCCCUAGCCUCCUCUCUUCGUGACGGUCCUAUACGCGGCCUAUCCUCCGCCUAUAAGCAGCUGGGCGCAUCUGAACAUCCUGUGCUUCUAAUUUGGGGUACUGCAGAUAACACAGUUCCAUACAAGUAUGCAGCGCGAGUGCAGUCGCUUGUACCUCAGGCUGAGCUCAUCACUAUUGAGGAUGGAGGCCACGAUUUAACGAUUUCACACCCGGACACGAUCACAUCUGAGUUUGUACGGUUUUUCGGAUCGGCUUCGAGCUAA